UUUGACGUGGUAAUGAUGGCUGAUCUGUGCAAUUUUUUUGACUGUUUUUAAGUUGUCCAAUUUUAUCAUUUUUUGCUUUUAUUUAGACAGCCAUUUGAACAAUUCGAAAAUCCAUCACUUAUCCAAUUUAUAUGCUUUCGUUCAACUAAACAGUGAAAUUACCGACCAUUAUGGCACUGAAGAAAGUUAAAGGAAACUUUGAACGAUUCUUUGACAAAACAUUAACCGAUCUGGUUCGAGGGAUUCGCAACAACAAAGAUAAUGAAGCAAAAUAUAUUGCUCAAUGUAUCGAGGAGGUGAAACAGGAAUUGCGUCAAGAUAACAUUAACGUUAAGUGCAAUGCUGUGGCAAAGUUAACUUAUAUUCAAAUGCUCGGAUACGACAUAUCUUGGGCUGGAUUUAAUAUCAUCGAGGUGAUGAGCUCAUCGAAAUUUACAUGCAAAAGAGUGGGCUACUUGGCUGCUAGUCAGUGUUUCCAUCCGGAUAGUGAGCUCAUCAUGCUGACCACAAAUAUGAUACGGAAGGAUUUGAAUUCACAGACCCAAUACGAUGCAGGCGUGGCGCUGAGCGGUCUCAGCUGCUUUAUUUCAUCAGAUUUGUCCAGAGAUUUAGCAAAUGAUAUCAUGACUUUAUGUAGUUCAACCAAACCUUAUCUACGCAUGAAGGCCGUCCUUAUGAUGUAUAAAGUUUUCCUACGCUAUCCGGAAGCGUUGCGGCCAGCUUUCCCGAAACUAAAAGAGAAACUCGAAGAUCCCGAUCCGGGUGUACAGUCGGCAGCUGUGAAUGUGAUUUGUGAAUUAGCCCGAAAGAAUCCGAAGAAUUACCUGUCCCUGGCACCGAUAUUUUUUAAACUGAUGACCACCUCGACGAACAACUGGAUGUUGAUCAAAAUCAUCAAAUUGUUUGGCGCAUUAACACCUUUAGAACCUCGACUAGGCAAGAAGUUGAUAGAACCUCUCACAUCAUUAAUUCAUAGUACAUCCGCUAUGAGUUUACUCUACGAGUGCAUAAAUACAGUUAUUGCAGUAUUAAUUAGCAUUAGUAGUGGAAUGCCAAACCAUACAGCGUCGAUACAGUUGUGCGUGCAGAAAUUGCGGAUUCUAAUCGAAGAUUCAGAUCAAAAUCUAAAAUAUCUGGGACUGCUGGCCAUGUCAAAAAUUCUAAAAACUCAUCCAAAGAGUGUACAAGCGCAUAAGGAUCUUAUAUUGGCGUGCCUGGAUGAUAAAGACGAGUCAAUUCGAUUACGUGCAUUAGAUUUGCUAUUUUGUGGAAAGGGUGGCGGUAUGGUGUCCAAAAAGAAUUUAAUGGAAAUUGUCCGGCGACUGCUCGGCCAUAUGGAACGUGCCGAAGGGUCGGCCUAUCGUGAUGAAUUAUUGUUUAAAGUUAUACAGAUUUGCUCUCAGGGUUCUUACCAAUAUGUAACAAAUUUCGAGUGGUACUUGACCGUUUUGGUUGAACUGAUUCAGCUAGAGGCCGGAUCGAAGCAUGGAAGUGUGAUUGCUAAGCAAUUACUGGAUGUGUCCAUUAGGGUGCAAGCGGUUCGUCCAUUUGCUGUGUCUGAAAUGACAGCGCUACUAGAAUCGUUUCCGGAAACCACACAGAGUGGAUCGAUGUUUGAAGUUUUGUAUGCGGCCGCAUGGAUUGUUGGUGAAUUUUCCAGUGACUCGAACGAGCCGGAACGUAGUCUGAAUGUUCUGCUUAAGCAUCGUUCACUUCCCGGGCACAUACAAGGUGUCUACGUUCAAAACAUUCUCAAACUUUUCACUCGGAUCGUUACCGAUUACUUGGAACAUAAAGACGUACAUGGAAUUCUUCGGGUAAGGCCGCGUAGUCUGUUAUUUGUUUGGAAUCGACAUAAAAAUGUACUUUUGUUACAGCUAUGCAAUUUACUACUCAAGAAGCUUCCGUCAUUCGUCAGUUCCAGUCACAUUGAAGUACAGGAACGCGCCAGCUCAGCGUUUGUUUUAAUAGAAAUGUUGCGUGAUCAAUUAAAUCUAGUUAGUGAUAGCCAGUCAACGGACGUUAUCUUGUCGCAAUUGCCAACGAUCGAUUCCAGUGAAAUAGCAAUCGGUGCAAUUGAAAUCGUUCAGGAAAUGGCACUGCUAUUCGCUGGCGAUUUGAAUCCGGUGGCUCCGAAGGCUCAAAAGAAAGUCCAAAUACCCGAGGGUCUCAGCUUAGACGAAUGGAUAAAUACGCCGCCGGCAGAGAGCAGUGAAUCCAGUGAAGACGAACAAACCGAUUUGUUUGUGUCGCACGAACAAAUGGAACAUUCGGACAGAAAAACCAAAUCGGUUGAACUGACGCCCGAAGAAAUUAUGAAAUUGAGAGAAGUGCGCAAAAUCGAACAGAGUCACAAUCCCAACUAUCUCAAAUCAACUACGAAGCCAAAUCAAAUAGUGAAGGACGGUUGUGAGGAUAUUCCAAUAGCUGAAUUAGCGUUGGAAGUACCGCUCAAAAUCACUUCUACAAAAAGAUCUGAUAAGUACCUCCAAGACGACCAACUAGGCAGUAAAAAGAAAACAAAGAAAACUAAAAAGACUAAAAAAUCAAAACAUAAAUUAGGAAUUAGCAGUGAAUCGGAUGGCGAAGAACCGGUAGCCAUACAUGCCGUUAGUACAUUCAUUGAAAUGCCAGAAGGCGCAAGUCUUUCGGACAACGACGACAAAGACAAACACGAUGUCAACGAUCCCCAUCGGGCACUCGAUAUCGAUUUGGACUUGCCUCUGCGAACCGACGAGAUUCUUCCAAAACAGUCCUACAAAAAGUUCAAUGAAAUUGCACCGCAAUUGGCUGGUAACAAUGUUACAAAGAAAACCGAAGUGAUAACAACGGCGAAAUCAUCAAAUCGCGAUAAAAAGGAAAAGAAACGUGACAAAGACCGGGACGGUAAGAAAAAGUCGAAACAUAGCAUCGGCGACAAUGAACCGGAUCUGAUUGGAACGCCGGUGAAACAUCAAAAGGAGAAGCAUAAGAAGGAAAAGAAGGACAAAAAGGGGAAGGAGAAAAAAUUGAAAGACUCGAAAACGGGCUAUGAGGAAGCUAUUGGUAUUUCAACGCCUAGCAAAGAGGUGUAUUGAGAUUAUUGUGUCGAUCUGAAUGUUCAGCGGUUUUUUUUUCAAUUUAAAAUUUUCUCUUCGUCUGUUUUCGUUUCAUUUGGAUUUUAUUGAAUGAGUCGAAAGAGAAAUUUGUUAAUAAAAGAAUUUGAUCGAAAACACAGAUCUCAUCACACUUUGAUGCAUUUGAGAAACAUAGACAGAUAGAAACCGAUAUUUUUUAGACUCCUCCUAUCUGCUUAAGCCGAACAAUUUUUUUCAUUUUCAUUUUCAUCGUCAUCAAAAUCAUUAUUGCGGCAACAUCAAUUACUCUUCCAUCUCCAUCUUUAUUGCCUUUAUGUUCCAUUAAGUUUCCUUUGAUUUUAGUUUUAGUUUUUGUUAUGAAGACAAAAAAUUUAAUGAACAUUGUAACCUACAUCUCGUAAUAACAAAUAGGCAAAUAAUAUAUAAAAAGAAAUAUUUACAAUAA